GAAACAAUGAAAGAGAAAAAGGGUGAAAUAAAAAAAGAGAAAGGGUUGCAGAGAACAGCCUAGGUAGCUGUUGGGGUGAGGAAAAGAACAACAUUAAUUGAACUAAAAAGCUAUCUUUUUAUUGGCUCAGCUUCAACAGGGUUUCAUGCAGAAGGAGGACGCAUUAUUAUGAUUAUUAUUAUUCGGUUUCUUCUUACUAGUUGAAAGCUGAAGAGAGAGCUGAGAAAAUAUAGAAUGAAUGACACUGGUAUCAUUCAUUGGCUAGGAGUUAAACCAAGAAGCAAAGGAGGGUAAAACAGUUGCAGAGCGCAGAGGAAGGUUUUGAUCUGUGGUACAAGUUAGGGAAUGCCUUCACGAGACACGAGUGUGUCAGAUGUUUUGGGACACUGAGGUAUCUUUCUUUUUGAGGAUACGUCGCUCCAGAGGACAGAUGAAGAUAGAGAUUUCACUAUGGGGCUGUUCUGUGUUCUCUUCUUUGAAUUGAACCUUCCCAUCUCUUUCUUCUCACUUCCCCCCCCUUUUCCUUUUCCCACUUUUGAAUUGCCUUUUCCUUUCCAGAAUUUUAUUCUACCAAGAUGCAUGUUUUUGUCAUGUAAUGCAGAUUUUCACGAGGCGGUUUUCUUGUGUCUUGAAAAACUGUGUCUGUGACUGAGUUUUUCUUUGGUAGGUUUCUUCACUUCACCGUUCCCACUUGCAUUAUUAUUAUUCAAAGACCCCAGUAGCAGCAUUUGCAUUUCCCUCACGCUGCACCCAAUGGGCAGAGCCAUAAGGUGGUUGAAGGGGUUGUUUGGGAUAAGGACAGACAGAGAGCGCAAAGAGAAUUCAAAUCACUCAGACAGAGAUUCCAGAGGUUUAUGUCAUAAUCCAACCACAAUUCCACCCAAUAUUUCACCUGCAGAGGCCGCUUGGUUGCAAUCCUUCUACUCAGAAACUGAGAAGGAGCAGAACAAGCAUGCUAUUGCAGUUGCUGCAGCCACUGCAGCAGCCGCAGAUGCUGCAGUGACUGCGGCUCAGGCUGCCGUGGCAGUGGUUAGACUAACCAGCCACGGCAAUGGCAGAGACACCAUGUUUGGUGGUGGUGGACAAGAAAGGUUGGCUGUUGUCAAGAUUCAAACUUUCUUUAGAGGAUACUUGGCAAGGAAGGCACUGAGAGCCUUAAAAGGAUUGGUCAAGUUACAAGCACUUGUGAGAGGGUACUUGGUGCGGAAGCAAGCAGCAGCAACCCUGCAUAGUAUGCAGGCUCUAAUUAGAGCUCAAGCAACAGUAAGGUCUAAGAAAUCUCACGGACUCAGCAGCACAAAGAAUGAAGCACAUUUGUUUCAAACACAAGCACGAAGAUCCAUGGAGAGAUUUGAUGACAUAAAGAGUGAGUACAUAGCUCCCAUCCACAGCAGAAGGCUAUCAUCUUCUUUUGAUGCCACAAUGAAUAAUGCAAACAGUGUUGAUGGGAGCCCCAAAAUAGUGGAAGUGGACACUGGCAGUGGCAGGCCAAAGUCAAGGUCUCGCAGGAGCAACACCUCAAUGUCAGAUUUUGGCGAUGACCCAUCAUUUCAGGCACUUCCUUCUCCUCUUCCAUUUGCUCAUUUGUCCAUACCAAGCCACAGGAACUACCACGACUCAGAAUGGGGCUUAACAAGAGAAGAGUGCAGAUUCUCCACAGCGCAAAGCACUCCACGAUUUACCAACUCUUGUAGCUGUGGAUCUGUUGUUGUUGCACCUAUGAGUAUGACACCUAAAAGUGUUUGCACCGAGAACUUCUUCUAUGGCCAGUAUCACAAUUUUCCAAACUACAUGGCCAGCACUCAGUCUUUCAAGGCCAAAUUGAGGUCUCAUAGUGCUCCAAAGCAACGCCCCGAUCCAGGGCCAAAGAAGAGGCUUACCCUCAACGAGAUGAUGGAGUCUAGGAGUAGUUUAAGUGGGACUAGAAUGCAAAGGUCUUGCUCACAGAUUCAAGAAGCUAUCAAUUUUAAGAAUGCUGUGAUGAGUAAGCUUCAGAAGUCCGCAGAACUUGGUAGGGACACAGAAUUGAACUUUUCCAACCAGAGGAGGUGGUGAUUGGUGAAACUUAGUGAUAGAGUUGGCUUUCUUUUUCACAUUGUUAGUAAUAGUUCUGUGUGUUUCUGCGCCCCAUGAUUGGCAAUUUGAGAACAUAUAGUGGGUAGGAAACAGGGGAGUCAAGACAAAAUAGAAGGAGAACAAUGAGAAGGUCCCCGUUAUAAUUUGGUCAUGGAAUUAUCUUCAUAUAUUAUCAUUAUAAUCAAAUGCUACAGCAAUUAAUUUUCACCUUCAUA